AUGCAGUCCCAGAUGGCCGGCCUCAACAUAGGUUCCGUAGGCGGGAUGAUGGGUGCGCAGCCUCCCCUCAUGGGUCAGCCCCAAGGCAUGGUUGGUGGAAUGCCAGGAAUGAUGGGUGGAAUGGGUGUUGGUGGAGCCCCAACAGGAACAGCAAGCCUUCCACAAGGCAUGGGUGGUCACACUUCUGCCAGUGCGCUUGGAGGCAACACCACCUUGGCCACCAACUUAUGGCAAUAACUAUUGUUGUGGUCUUGCAACGCGAACUCCCAGCGCAAAUAAGAUGAGUACUUGCCCACUUCGCCCAUGUCGAGCAGCGGGUUGGAUCUGGUCGUUUCGGUGAAGGCUGCGGGCGCCGAGACCUGGUCGAUGGAACGCGCGCCCG